AUGCUUAGACCAUGGCACAUAACUACUCUAUUCGCUGUCCUGGCAGGUUUUGGUUUCUACAGCAACAUAAUCAACAGAGAAAGAACUUCAUAUCGAUCAAGAAAUAUCCCUGAGAGUUUGUCAGCAAUCGAGUGCAUGAAACUGAGAAGAAUUAUCUUACAAAAUUCAAAAUCAAUAAAAACUAGACAUUUUCUACAAUAUGUUAAUGAUAUUCAGAGGUGUCCUUGGACAGAAAACAAGACAGCAUUUAACCACUUAAAACUAUGCCUUGAGAGCUGUUGUAAUGCUUCCCACUUCAUGCUGGUGACUCAAGAGAAUACGCCCAUUGGACACACAUUUAAUUAUGAAACACAGCAGAAAAAGACAAUACAAAUAACUCCUGAAAUCCACCAAAUGUUUCCAAAGGUAUCACCAUUCAAUGGUAAGCACUUAGGACACUGCGCUGUGGUCGGUAAUGGGGGAAUAUUGCGAAACAGCUUUUGUGGCAAUGAAAUUGACAAAGCAGACUUCGUAUUCAGGUUUAAUUUGCCUCCGAUGAAUAGGUCAUAUGAUACUGGAAGCAAGUGUGAUCUUGUUACCGCAAACCCCAGCAUACUGACAUCCAAGUAUGGAAGCCUGCAAGGGAAGAGGAAGCCCUUUAUUGAUAUGAUCAAGUCUUAUGGUUCAGCUCUAAUCCUUAUGCCGGCCUUUUCGUACACCAUGAAUACAGACAUCUGUUUUAGGGUUCUCCAUUCCUUGGAGGACUUUGGCGUGCAUAACAGAGUUGUGUUCUUUCACCCAGAAUAUCUAAAGAAUCUCUCUAUUAAGUGGAAAGAGAAUGGGCUUAAAGCAAAACGUCUGUCGUCUGGUUUCAUGAUAGUCAAUGCAGCCAUGGAGUUAUGUGAGAGGGUAACACUGUAUGGCUUCUGGCCAUUUCCCAAAGAUCCAGAAGGAAGACUUGUGUCUCAUCAUUAUUAUGACAACAUUUCCCCCAAGCCUGGUUUUCAUUCCAUGCCACAAGAAUUUUAUUUUUAUAUUCAAAUGCACACAAAGGGGUCUCUGUAUCUGAAGAUUGGAGAAUGUUAGCUACAGCUAUUUACUGUAUAUGUCACAUGGUAAUGUUUCUCUUCCUAUGAAUGAAUCAAUGUAAAUAUAAUAUGUUCAACAGCAAAGUGUUGAACUGAAGCCAGUUUCCCACUUAGAUCCACAGAUCUCAAACCUAGACAUAGUCUUAUUCUAGCAGUGCACAAAACUUGCCAAUAUAUAUUUUUUUGAAAUGUUCAAACACUUUUAACUGCUGCCCCCUAAAACUGCCACCCAAGGCCUGGAACUAGUCGAUCACAUUCUCUUUGUCUAUGUUCUGAAGCUUAAAUGUGCUGUCCCACCUACUAACUGUUGAAUUUAUGACUUGAAUGUCCCAAAGUUGCAUUGUCUUUAAAUAGUCCUUUUACCAAUAAAAUGGAUUUGCGUUU